UCUGUGAUCACUCGUGUCCAAAAUAUUAAAUGCCACACAAGAAACUCGGAAUAAAAUGUUCAGUUGCGUUUUGCAACAACAGAAGACAAAGCCAUGAGCAAAAUUUAAGUUUUUUCUCGUAUCCCAAUGACGUCGAUCGCCGAGCAGUUUGGAUGGCAAAUUGUGGAACACAACAUCUGGCUGACAAUCUAUCCAUGGUCAGAAGUUACAGAGUAUGUGGUUCACAUUUUGAGGACAGAAUGUUUUUAAAUACCUCGACAAGAUGCAAACUGACGCAAAAUGCUGUCCCAACCAUAUUCAAAUAUGUAACACUUGAGAAGCAAGAAAAUGGACAAAUUAAUUGGUCAAUGGUACCAUGCAAUAAUCCGCCGGUACAAUCAUUUUUAACUGAUCAUAAUUAUCAUAGAGAUAUUAGUACGAUGUUUGCCAAACCUAUAUAUUCAACCAACAUUGAAUAAUUAAAAAAAAUGUAUAAUCAUCAUUUGUUUAAAGUAUUUGCACAUACAAUAUAGAAUUAUA